AUGGGGAACCGCCAGUCUCAGCAUGUGGUGGGGAUACAUUACGUGGUAGGACCGAAAAUUGGAGAAGGGUCAUUUGGGAUUAUUUUUGAAGGCGAGAAUAUGAUGGAGGGGUCUGGUAGUGGUGGGAAUGGGAGUGCUGAGGGAGGAGUUGUUAGCGGAAAACGACCAGUGGCGAUUAAGUUUGAGCCAAGGAGGUCGGAUGCGCCUCAACUUCGGGACGAGUUUAGGGCAUAUCGGAUUCUUAAUGGAUGCCGGGGCAUUCCAAGGGCGUAUUACUUCGGACAAGAAGGCAUUCAUAACAUUUUAAUCAUUGAUUUACUAGGCCCGUCGUUGGAAGACCUUUUUGAAUGGUGUGGACGGAAAUUUAGUGUUAAGACGACUUGCUUGUUGGCGAAGCAGAUGAUCGAACGCGUACGUUCGAUACACGAACGUGAUUUGAUAUAUAGGGAUAUUAAACCUGACAACUUUCUCAUUUCGGAAUAUCAGCGUGAGUUGCAAAGCGGUGAGGUAGUCAAGAGCUGUGCGGUGACCGCAAAUGGAGAUCCAAACUUAAUCUAUGUUGUGGAUUUUGGCAUGGCAAAGCAGUAUCGUGAUCCCAAGACUAAACAACACAUCCCCUAUCGUGAACGCAAAUCCCUAAGCGGUACCGCAAGGUAUAUGUCCAUUAACACACACUUUGGCCGUGAGCAGUCUAGGCGCGAUGAUUUAGAAUCCCUUGGGCACGUAUUCUUUUAUUUUUUACGUGGCUCACUACCUUGGCAAGGUUUAAAGGCACAGAAUAAUAAGGCGAAGUACGAAAAGAUAGGUUUGACUAAACAAAAAUUGAAGCCCGAAGAGUUGAUCUCUGAUGACAUCCCCACCCAGUUUGCAGAAUACUUGAAGUACUGUCGCGCCCUUAGAUUCGACCAGGAACCAGAUUAUGACUACUUAAUCUCCUUGAUGGAUGCUGUGAUGCAGGAAAGAAAUGUACGCGAUAGCGAGCAUUACGAUUGGAUGGACUUGAAUAACCAGACGGGAUGGAAUAUCGCAAUUAAUAAAAGAGCCAACUUGCAUGGAUAUGGCAACCCGCAUCCGCGCAACAACAACAAUACUUCUACAAGCGCCCACCAACAAGGCCAACACCAAAAUCAGCAGUUGUUGCAUCAAGGUCAGCCCCAACCACCACGCACUCCAUCGCGUCAAAACUCUAAAAUCCAGACCGUAUCGCCCACACACCAUUUGCCGCAGCAGCAACAGCAACAUCUACAAGCUCAUAAGUACUCAAAGUUUCACAGAUCGCACUCUCAAUCUACACCGCACAGAAAUUCUUACUCUGCAAAGCAUCGGUUGAAGUUCCCACCGGCAAGCAAUGAGAUGUUUACCACAAAUCCCAAUGCAAAACAGGCGUUAGCCGUUCAAUCCUAUGACGCAUUUGGGAAGCGCAUCACUAGAUCCAGUCAGCAACAACAUACAGACCAAGAUUCAAUGGUAGAAUCGAGUUUUUUCAGUCGGAUCUGCUGCUGUAAUUGGUGCUAG